ACACAAGCCUUGAGGCGAAGCGCUAUCGCGAUAGAAUUUGUACAUUUAACGGUAUAUUAGGAAUGGCUAUAUAUAAGAUUUAAAAAAAAAAUACGUUUUUGAUUUUUUAAACCCAAGGUUUGUGUUGUAUUUUGAAAAGUUUGUGGUCGUUUUGUCAGAUAUGUUGAGAAGUUGACACAGUAAAAGAUCUUCGGCUCUCAAUUAUCUCUGCUACGUAGUUGAUCUUCUGCAAGAGAGGACUUUUGACGUAGACGAGCCGACAACGGAGGGUAAACUUUCAGGAGAAAAGUACACAGGGUUGGCGAUGUAUCCACUGGGGGUGAAAUCGUAUGUAUGAUUCACUUCUAUACUUUCUGUUCGACCUGUGGUGUAUUCACAACAGCAUGGGAAUAUUACGGAGCCCCGCAGAACACUUAGCAUGACUACAUACAUUUUAUUAUUUUUAAAAAGCACUUUUGUCAUAGAACACUGAAAGUGAAUAUGGCAAAAAUAUUUAGAAAAGCAUCCAUCAGCAUUAUCAGUAAGUGAUUAAACAGUACAGUCAAGAUGCAGGUCGUUUACACCCAACUUUCAUAGCCAAAUUGUAUAUAUAUGUUUUGUAUAAAUAGCCUUAUAUUCUCAGUCUACUAACUUACUGCGAACUCAUUCUACAUUUUAACCAAAUAACAGCUUAAAUUUUCUGUGCUGGAGGUACCUUAUGACGUUUUGUUGUAUUAGGUUGUGUCAGUGGCUGCUAAUGAGUGGUGUGUUAUUCAGAGCAGGAUUUGUUCCACUUGUAUAUGUAAAUUCAUGAGGUAAAUCCGUUGACUCUUGAAAUACAGAGAAAAAAAAUGUGUGAAUUAAAUUGGAAUUGGUAUCAUUUGUAGAAUGAAAGUGGAAGUAAGAGUUUGAGGAAAUAACAUGAACACUUUAAUUUUAUACAUGACACUCAAGUGUUUUGCCAGGGAAAAUGGGGAACAGAAAAUACCGAGAAAGGCUACUGCAUCUGUCAACAUGCAUCGAUUACAUCUGGUUUAUCAGUAACUUUUUAUACUCUAGCAAACAACCACUGCAGUGGUCAUGUAGCAGCUUUCUCAGAGCCUGACACAGGUAAGAUCCAUGCUUCUUUCUAACUUUAAGAUUGCAAAUGUGUCAGUCGCAUGCCUGUAUAAUCUAUUAUCUUGUUACUAUUGUUCUGAAUGAAUUGGGCUGUAGUUUGUUUACUGUAGUUGUUGGUGUUGGAUAAAUGCCAUGGUCUCCAGGUUCUCCAGAUUCUCUGAAGCGCUGUAGAAAUCCCGUGAAUUACAGACCUUUCUUCAGCUUUUUGGCAUGACAGAGUGUUGGGUUAGACACAAUAUAUUUCUAGAAACUUGUUUUGGGGAAUAGGUUUUCCUUCUGUCUUCUGUGUCAGUAUCCUUUUUACUACUGUACCUGUUUACGUGAUUCGACUGAAAAUCAUCGUUUAACUCGCUUUAUGUUUCUCACAGAGAAUCCUGACUCCUGAUGCGUACCUUCUGUUGCCUUUGUGUAAGACGGAGGAAUGCAGUUGUGAGAGAGAAGCAGGAAAGAGGUUGAACGGGGGAAAGGGAAAAAGAGAGAGCAGCUAAAAGGAUCUUGCUGAGAUGGCUGAUUGUUCUCUUGGGAGACGGUUGGGAGGGAGAUGGGAAGGGAAUUCAGGCAGAUGGAAUAGGGUGGAUGUUUUUAGAGAUGUAGUCCCUUAGGAGAGUGGCUGCAUUGUUUUCUUUGUGAAGUCUUUGCCUAUAACCAGGAUCAAUUAUAAGCAUACAUCAAAUCAUACAAAAUUCACUUUAACUAAAUGGACAGGAAAUUUUCUGAUAUUCAUCAACAUCCAAACUCAAUACCCUAAAUAUUUUAACUUUAUAUCUCAAUUUAGCUAGUUCUAGAGCUUUGUUCUUCUGUUGCUGUACAUUUGUGUUAUUUGUUUUUAUGCGAUUUACAGUAGUGUUGGUUACUUUUUGAACAUGUGAAUUUAAAUUAAGGACAUUAUUUUGUGUUAGUUAUCAAAAUGCAGAGACAGUUGAAAUACAGAAGGCAUAGAUAAAAAAUACACAGAAAAUCCAUAGAUAAGAAAAAUUCCAAAUGAUAAUGAACUGACAAUGGAUGGGCAAGAUGCUUCGGAUGUUUCCAGCCUCUCGCCCAGUGUUAGCUGGGAUCCCAGCUGGUUAAGUGGUUAAGUGGAUGGAUAUAUCGUUUUAUUUCAGUCAUAUUUUUACCAUCUUAAAAGCAAUGCAGCCUUUUUUAUAAUCUUAAUAUCACUGUUUUUUUUAUUGUCGGAGGUCAAAUGCUGGCAUAGAGUUCAUUUGAGGAGUAGAUUCCAAAAUGUAAUGAUUACUGGCUCCAAUUACUGCCUUGCUGAAUGUACUUUAUGUAGAAACACAGGUGCUCUGUAGUGUCAAUGUGUACGUGUGUCUGGGAGCCGGGUGGUUCAGGCAGAUGUGUUUUGGCUAAUACAGUCUGAGAGCAGCUGGGCAGGGCUAAUAGACCAAUGACAUCAUCCAAAGAGAGAGAGAAGAGAGAGAACAAGACUGGGAGCACAGCUUGCCUAAGGCAGGGAGAGGGAGCGGGGCAGCUCAGUGAGGAGAGCAGCAUGAGAGCGGGACAGUGUGUGUGUGUGAACGGGAGAGGACCAGACAGCAUUCAGUUGACUUUGACAAGGAUAUAAGACCAACAAGAUUUUCCUGCUAGUUUUCUCCUCCUCCUUCUUUGCACCUUUCCCCCUCCCCUUCCCCCCUUUCCCCUUUUUCUUCCAUCCUGUGGCAGUUAUCCCCACUCACAGGUCCUGCUUCAGGCGGCUACUCCGGGCAUGCUCCUUAAGCCAAAGUAUGACCGCUUUCGCAAUGAGUCUGUGACCUCCUCCGACGACCUAAUGCAGAGCUUAGCCAUGAGCGGCAAAGUUGUGGCCACACCAGUGGUUCCCUCCUCCACGCCAAGCCUUCCUCUGCCUCCUUUGCCUCCCCUGGAUCCCAGUGCCAGGUCCUCCUCUUCUGCUGGGGCUAUGGCCUUGGCCGACUCUCCUUGCCUGGAUGGGGAACAAGAUGCCACGACAACCUUCUGCAUGCUCAUUCCUAAGAUGCCUCAGUGGAAAUUCUCCAACUCCCUGCUUAGCCGGAGUCCAUCCAACUCCAGUUCCAGCUCCAAUUCUAGCAAGGACUCGGGCAAGACAGCGGCAGCUACUUCCCAGGCCUCUGUCACGUCUUCUUCAUCAUCACACAGGCCUGGUGGUGGAGCCUCAGCCAGUGGCCCAGUGGCGAGCCUUGCAGCAGUGCUUAACUCCUGUGACCCGGUGUGUGUCACUCCUUGUUCCCUACAGGCCAUUCGGGGGCAGCGAGCAGUAGCAGCGGCAAAUUCUGCCAGUCCAGGGGGGCACGUAUUUGGAGCCGCAGAGGUCAUGGCGAGCCCCGGUGGCUCCAGCAACUUCAGAUCGGGAAUGACGCGCAGCACAAGGGUCGAAGGCAUGUGGCUUGGGGGAGAGGACUUCAACCAGAAGGGCAGCUUCAUCCACAAACCCUCUCAAGGCUGGCUGCACCCUGACAAGAAGAUAGUAGGACAAGGAGCGUCCUACAUUGUCAGGUACAUGGGAUGCAUUGAGGUGCUGAAAUCAAUGCGAUCCCUGGACUUCACCACACGCACUCAAGUGACAAGGGAAGCCAUCAACAGACUGUGCGAAGCUGUGCCAGGUGGAAAGGGGGCUUGGAGGAAGAAGGUUCCAAACAAAGCUCUGCAGUCAGUCAUGGGGAAGAGUAACCUACGAUUUGCAGGCAUGAGCAUCGCAGUCAAUAUUUCCAUCGAUGGUAUUAAUCUGCUCAUUCCUACCACACGACAGGUGAUAGCUCAUCAUCCCUUGCAGUCCAUCUCAUUUGCCUCUGGGGGAGACACAGACACACCUGAUUAUGUUGCAUAUGUGUCCAAAGACCCAGUGAAUCAGAGAGCAUGUCAUAUCCUGGAGUGCUCAGAUGGUUUAGCCCAAAGUGUCAUCAGUACCCUCGGCCAAGCCUUCGAGCUGCAGUUCAAACAGUAUCUGCACAGUCCACCAAAAACCAUGACAUCUGUGGAGAGGUCUGCCAGGACAGAAGAACCAAUUUGGAGGGAUGAUGAGGACUUCUCUGAGCCGGAUUACUAUAACCGUAUUCCAGGGAAGGAGCCUCCUGUUGGAGGUGUGGUAGACUCCAGACUCAGGCCCAGUGGAACCCUCAUUGGUCACAUGCACACUCAACCACAGAGCAAGACAGCAGCUCAGAUGAGCUCACCAGCCAGGAGAGAUCAAGCAUCUCACCAGCCUGGUCAGCUGUGUUAUGAGCUUCACUGGGACACGGAGACAACCUGCAGCUCAGGUCUGACAUCAGAUGGUUAUUUGUGUGCUGACGGUCAGCCUCCAGGCAGCAGAGACUAUGAGGAGCAUCAAUAUGUCAACACCCAGAGUCUGGAAAACCUGGAUUCACUCACUCAGGGUCCUGAUGGGCACAGAGGCACCAGGGCACCAGAGAGUCCCAAAAAGGAUCUCUUUGACAUGAGGCCCUUUGAGGAUGCCCUGAAACUCCAUGAGGCCUGUGGUGUUGGGUCCACUAUAUCUGGAGGCUCUGGUGCUGAGGGAGGAGUGGGAGGUGGUCGGGUGUUGGAGGAUCAGUGGCCCAGCCCUCCACGACGCAGAGCCCCCGUUGCUCCAAAUGAGGAGCAGCUUCGCCGUGAGCCCUGGUACCACAGCCGGAUGAGCCGGCGAGACGCAGAAAAACUCCUGAGCCGGGACGGAGAUUUUCUGGUAAGGGAGAGCACUACCAAUCCUGGCCAGUAUGUGCUAAGCGGCCUGCACCGUGGCCUCCCUAAACACUUACUGCUAGUGGACCCUGAAGGAGUGGUCCGGACCAAAGACAUGUUAUUUGAGAGCAUAACCCACCUCGUCUCGUUUCACCUGAAGAAUGAGCUGCCUAUUGUAGCAGCAGAGAGUGAGCUUCAUCUCAAACGGGGUGUGAGGAGGAAGCAGUGAAUUACCUGGACCUGUGUGGGACUUGCUAAAUUCCUAUGUGCCCAUACAAAUCACAUAAAAACUGAAUCUAGGACUCAUUAUGGGAUGAUUUUUCAACGGGAAGAAAGAAUAUCAGCAAUACUUUCUUUCCAUGGACAAUCCUUCUAAGGAGUCUGCAGUAUCUGAUAUAUCCCUGUACUUCUGCUUGUUGACUACCAGGAUAAACCAAAUAUCCCUCAUCUGUCAUAAACUCCUCAGCAUGCAGUUAUUAAGCUAACAAACCAACCAGGAUCCACAGUCUGUGCUGUGCCCGAGCUGGAUAAUCACCAACCGAGGUCAAAAAUUAAACUGACAACCUGUCUGGAGAGGAGCCAACCUCAGGAAAUCACAAAAGGAUUUAAUGCACAGUGAAGAAAAGCCUGUAAUUGUGAAGUUCUUCCUUUAAACCACAACUUGCAUGACUAGUAAGUCACAGGUUAUUCAAAUCAACCAGUUGUGGGAAUCACCAGAACAAACUGUCACUAAUUUUCUGGUGCACCAAAAAAUUCAAAACAAGAUGUCCAGUUCGUCCAGUAGUUCAUCUCGGUACAAAUGCAGGAAAUGAAAAUUCUGCAACUGUUUAGAAUGUAAAGACUGUUAAAUGCUCAUGUUCAAGGUCUGCAGUAUCUGAAUUUAUAACAGCCACAAAGCCUUUAUUGUUUCUCUGAGCUAUUUUAAGCCUCACAUGCAUCAAAAAAAAGCAUAAUCAUGAUACACCGAUUAGCCCCAACAUUAAAACCACUGACAGGUGAAGCGCACAUCACUGAUUUACCUGGGAAACAUUGGGUCCUGGCAUUCAAGUGGAAGCUGUCUCGAGACAUCAACCACAUAAACAAGUUCCAAGUAACAGCAACCUCAAGUGCUUUCCUCAGGAACAGUUGCAGAACAUGACAAACAGUGCAAGCUGUUGAAACAGCCCGCCUUCCUGCAGGUUCUGUUUUCGGCCACAAGAUGGGCCAGAACAAGCCAAUCCACUGCACCGACUCCAUGCAAAGAGCCAGACAACACGGCGCACCCCAAAACAUCACCUGUCGCUGCACCGAUCGGUCAGAGCCGUUUAGGUGGAACAAGCGGGAUCUACACAAUGGAUGCUUUUAAUGUAGCUUUAGUGUAUUUAUCAGUGCAGUGGAGAUCGAUACAUUGUCCUGACUGAGAAGUUUGAUCACAUUUGCUAUUAAAUCUGCUAUUUGUGCUGUUUGUAAGGGCUGUUCAUUAUUUUAGGAAGUCAUGUGUGGUAAAAACUCCUCCGCAUUAAUGCUCAGUAUAGCCAUGCCCGUUCUCCCCAGCCUCCCCCACUUCAGUGCCUUAAUAACUACACUGACAGGCGUUUGUGUCAGCGUGUAUAUAAUGUGCAUUUAUGCUCUUGUUGCAAAAGAACAGUUUUCUUGCCACGCCAAUGAGUAAAUGAACAAACUUCAGGAUGAUUCAAAGUUGUGUACAUGUAAACAGUAAUGGAAGCUGCUCUUGUUUUGGGGUGAAUGAGUAAUACUGUCUAUGAUGGUCUUAAAUGUUAUCGUCUUAUAUGUGUGUCCCUCAGAGUUUUUAAGUCAGAGGUCAGUCAUAGACAUGUUAAAGAAGGAGCUUAAUUUUUCCCAGCUCAGGGAAGUGCAUCACUUUAUUGUCCUUAUUCCCUGUCUGUACAUUUUACUGACUUGCUGGUUUUUUUUUUUGCUCCACAGCGUUUCAUUCCCAGUUUUGACACUGUAAUACUUUAAAAUUAUUUUGUCUGCUUUCUGCCCUUUUCCCCCUCUCUGUUCUUGGCUACUUAAGUUUAAUCAGGCCCUCCUUUGUUCUUAGCCUCAUAAAUGCACAUAAAGAUGAGGUAAACUUCAACAGUUUUUUUGCGAGAUCCAGAUCAUUGUCAUUCUUUUGUAUCUCCCCUCAGGAAUUUCCUGGACCUUUUCUUCUAUGAUUAACUGACUGACCUUUUGUUAAUAAAAUGUAUUAAAAAAAAA